GACAAACCUGGAGCUUUGUAUUGCAACUAUUUCCGUAGGCGGAACCAUGAAAUAAACGAAACCGAAACCAUAAAACUUCAGUAUAUAGCACUGCUACCAAGCUAUCCGCUCUCUGACAGAACAGUCAAAUCUAUUCAGCAGAACAGGGCACGAGGAAUAACUCCGCAGGUGAGCCAUCUGCACAGUUUCCCUUGUCUUGAGCACUUUGUCUACAUUCAUAUUUCUGUGACAGCUCCAGAGAUGAGUCUGGAAUUUGUGAAGCGUGAUCUAGACCAGCUGCAGAUUCUGAUCAAGAGCAGCAUCCUUUUCUUUGAACAGUCUCUGGAAUAUGCAGCAGAUUUGUGCGGAAGAGAAGAACUCAGCAAGGACCAGGCCAAUGGUUAUCUUGCAGAGAUUUUGCACAGCAUUCUUUUCAUUGGAUACAUAAACAUUCCAUCCAUUGGGCCACAACAACUUCUACCUGAAAAUGCGGUUGGAUCGCUGAUGAACUCAUUUCCUGAUGUAUUUGAGAAGUACACAAGCCACCUGCCCUUAAGGACCCCUUACUCCAUUCUUCUGGACAUGGUUGUCCAGACUACAGGAGACCAAGCCAUGGAUCUACCCAAAAAUCUGUUGGCCCUGAAUGAAAAAAUGCAUGUUCCACGAAAUGGUAAGAAGAUGUGUGGAAAUGAUUUCUGCUUAGCAUCUAGUGUUGUUAGCUAUUGCUACUUUGAAAAAGGAAACAAGAAAUCCAAGAAGUACUUUGGUGCAUCUGUGGCUUGCACAGGGAAAGCAAAGCGGGAUUUCUUCAUCAACCUGUCCUGUGUUAAAACGUGGAAUCGAAAGGUAGCAUUGGGCGUGUGUUUGGCUGCUAAAGGCAGGAAGUCCAUAAUGCUUCCGAAGGCCGUGUAUUCUGCGGCAUUUACGAUGCUCAACGACCAAAGAGACGAAGACCACGAAGGGAAUUCUGACCACAUUGGCCGUGGGUCACGUCAGAGAUACGCUCAGAGGCGUGCCUGUGAGAAAUGUUGGGGGAUAUUUCCAGAGGUAGUGUUCUUACCACCAGAGCGGGAUGAAGAAAGGGCCAGCUGGAAGCACGGGAAUUGUGCAGAAUGUGAGGCCAUGAGCAAUCUUCUAAACGGCGAGGUCACUGUCGAUGAGGGAGUAAAAUUGGGUGAGGAUCUUUUAUCAACAGCUGCUGCAAACGAGAAGCUUAAGCCCUUACUCAAGCGAAGAAUCAACAACCUGAAAAGCACGUUGAAAAAUCGGAUCGAGACAGCAGAAUUUCAAUUUUUUUUGCCAUAGUUUACUGAUGAAGAUGGGCCUACCUAUGUAUCAUCACCUACAUUUAAAAUAUAUUGUAAGCGACUUUAAUAACUAUCAUUAGAAAUGGCAAUCAUCAAUUAAAUCUGCAAAUUUGUUGGAUCGGUCAGUUGAACAGUAACCCGGUAGAAUCAACUAACAAAUCAAAACAAGCUCCAAAAAAAAAAAAAAAAAAACCUUGGACAGUGGCUGCAAUGUUAUUAAGUAGGCUAGGAAAAAAUGAGUUAAGUUGCAAUUAUACUACAAUUUAACUGCAGAUCCAACAAUUUUAUUUUUUUUAGUUAAUCCAAUGAUUUGUUUUUAAUAAUAUUUUGUACAACCACUAGUCAACAUUUUUUUGGAUAUGUAGUAGAGUUCUAUAUCUAGUGUUGGUGCGUACGGUUUCCAGUACCAUAUUUCUAAAAUCAAGUACACUUGUUGGCUAGCAUAAAACUUUUACUUUUAUGUGUUGGCAUAAAAGUAAAAUCGUUAGACCAGCAUCAUGUCUGGACAAUGAAAAAUCUGAUACCUAAUAGUGAUACCUAAACUGGAGCACAUCGUGUCACCACCACAAUUGCCCUGCGCCAAUUACAUUGGCAAAGUUUGUUACUAGCAUGUAAAAAUAUAAGACAAAUAGUAUAGAAAAUCAUUAGCGAUAUUGCCUGGCUAAAAUGGAGCCGACUUACCAUCUCACUACAACUGCUCUGUGCCAUAUAAAAAAUGCAAGUUAUCGUAUUGCUGUCAUUGGACAUACCAAAAAAUUUUGAGUGCAUAAUCUUGAAUAGAUACGCUUAAUGUGACAAAGUUCUGAACACCAGCAGACUGGCCACAUUUCACGUCAAUCAAGUAUACCUGAAAGGACCCGAGGGGUGAAAGCGGGAAGAAAUUGAGUUUUAACUGAUGCAUUUUAAAAAAAUGAUCUACUAGCAUGGCCUCUGCGAUCAACUGGUCGAUCGCGAUUGACGUAUUGGGCACCCCUGAUAUAGAUUAGUAUUUUAUUAAAUGAAAAACAGUCAAUUAGAAUAAUGAACUUCAAAUAAUGGAGCAUCGCGUAGUUCUGGCAGGUCACGAGAGUCAAGCGCUCCGGCCGAAUCAGCUGAUGGCUCAGCUGAGUGAUGUUCGCCUAUCACAGUACAUUCACUAACAGGGCGGUCUACUUAAACAGCCUCCCUCUACUCAUUCGGCUGCUCCUCCUGCAUGCAAGCGUUGCGCGUUGCUUCGUAAAUCCCCUCCACCACCCCAGCUCCAUCCCCAUGCGUCAAGAAUUUGCAUUCUCCAUUCCUAUGUGUUAAGAAGUUGUAUUGCUCCAUCCUUAUGUGUUAAGAAAUUGCAUUUGCUCCAUUUAUAUGUGUUAAAAACUGCUUUGCUGCUGGAUCUGUUCUGUGUGUACCCGUCUAGGGGGGGUUUGGCUGCUGGCCUCCCGGCCUUAUCCACGCGGGCUGCGUGGUUGGCAGGAGAGCUCCAGAACAGAGCCAUACCGCCAAACAUAACUGUAUUGCCUUUAUUGUCAAUAAAGUUCUACUUGUUGACAGUGGUCCUGACAGAAAUACAUUUAUUAAUGAAUGUAAGGUCACUACUUAUAAUUUACAAAACAGAAGACAUUACACCAGAUGUUGAUUUGAAACUACCAGUAAAGAGAGAGAGACCAAUAAGCCUGACCUUGCCAGAACAUUACCUUUUUCAAAGACACACAACCAAGGAAUUGUUACAAAAAAAGGGAAAACUCUCCUUCAUGACUUUUUUUAGUAACAAUGUAAUAUUGUAUGGACCACAAGCAAGUUUGCCUUAUCCAAUUACUGUACAAUCCUCAUUGUUCAAAGGACAAAGGACACAAAGGGUAAUUCUUCAGCUUUGUAACAGGGUUCAUGUUAUUGACUGCUAGAUAUAAAGACCUGAUUACUUGUUGUCCCACCUCUUUAAGUGUGUUACAAUGUGAUGGCUGCAUGCAAAUUUUCACUGUUCAAUUGGUUUUGUUGAUACACAAAAGUGUGAUGCAUUGAAUUUUCAAAUUAUUUGUAAUUGAUUUCAGAUUGUUUUCUUUUCAAAGAAAAAAAAAAGUGUUUUAUUUAAAUCUUUAAAGUGAUUAAAUAUGCACAUAUGA